AUGGCUUCUUCUUCUUCUUCUCUUUGUUUUCCCCAUCUCUUGUUUUUGCUUUUCUCUAUUGUCAUCCUCACAGCGCAGUCCCAAACAACUUUGAGGCCAAACAGCCUUGUUCUACCAGUGCAAAUAGAUGGCUCAACACAUCCUUUUGUGACCAACAUCCAUAAGAGAACCCCUAUAUUACAAAUAGACAUAUUAAUUGGUCUGACGCAUGGGCCUUCCAGACCGGGCCCAUGUGGACAAUUCCUGUGGGUUACUUGUGAGCAUAACUACUUAUCUUCAACCUACCAUGCCCCUUUAUGCCACUCAGCUCAAUGCGCCAGAGCUCAAACCUCUUACUGCCACACAUGCGCCUCAGCAGCCAGGCCCGGAUGCCACAAUAACACAUGUGGGCUCAUGGCUAGGAACCCCAUCACAAGCCUAACAGCCAUGGGCGAGCUUGCUCAAGAUGUGCUCUCGAUUCAAUCCUUAAAAGGGUCUAACCCUGGCCCACUAGUUUCAGUCCCGCAAUUCCUGUUUGCAUGUGCACCUUCCAAACUUCCGCAGAAUGGUUUGCGGAGAAAUGUUCAAGGGAUAGCAGGACUAGGCCAUGCGUCAAUCUCUCUACCGAAUCAACUUGCCUCACACUUCGGCGUCUCACCGAAAUUCGCCUUGUGUCUACCUUCUAAAUCGUCAAUAAAUGGUGUCAUGUUCUUUGGGGAGGGGCCGUAUUAUAUGCUUCCAAAUGCUGAUGUUUCACGUUCAGUGAGCUACACCCCAUUGACAAUAAGACAAGAGGGACAUUACUACAUUCCAGUGACAUCAAUAAAUAUAAACGACAACCCAGUCCCCAAUGCUCAUUCCGGAAGAGGCGGGACAAGGCUCAGCACGACAAAGCUUUUCACAGUCCUGGAACACUCAAUCUAUCAAUCUUUCACCAAGUUAUUCACCAGCCAGCUCUCCGGGAUACCGCAAAUGAAACUCGUGGCGCCAUUCGAAGUGUGCUAUGACACCAGGAAACUAAGCUACACAAAGAUUGGACCUCAAAUGCCGAACAUAGGCCUGGUGCUGCACGACCAGAAUGUGAAGUGGAGAAUCAGUGGAACCAACUCAAUGGUGGAGGCAGGACCUGAGGUUACAUGUUUGGCGUUUGUGGAUGGAGGCUUAAGUCUGACGGCUAAGAUUAUAAUUGGGGGUCAUCAGUUGCAGGAUAAUCUUGUGGAGUUUGAUCUUGCUAAGUCAAGGCUUGUGUUUAGCUCGUCGUUGCUGUUUCAGAGGACAAAUUGUGGCAACUUCAACUUCACUACAGCCAGUACUGCUACUUAGAUGAUGUGUGU